AUGAUGAAGGGGAGAAAACCUGCAGGCCCAGAACUAGAAGAAGGACCAGUCAGAGCAGGAAAAGCCUCCAGGGCAGUUCAGCUGGAAUUUGAGACAGAGCGACCAGGAUGGGACACAUCGCAAGAGGACAAAGGGGAACCAUCCAGGGGGGUGCAAGAGCGCUGGGAAGCCCAGUGGCAGGAGUUCCUGAGGACACUGCAGCCCCUUCACACAACGUGGGGAAGCCCAGCGAUGUCAGAGAUGGUGCCAUGGGAGGACGCCAAGGCCUUCCUGGCCUCCUUUGAGCAAGUGGCCAAGGCCUGCCGGUGGCCGAGAGGAGAGUGGGCAGCCCGGCUCCUGCCAGCACUGAGCGGGGAAGCAGAAGAGGCCUUUCGGAGCCUGGAAGCCAGAGAUCAAGAGGACUAUGGGAAAGUGAAGGCGGCCAUCUUGCGAGGGGAAGCCCUGAGGAUGGAGGCACAGCGCCAGCACUUCAGGCAAUUCUGCUGCCAGGAGGUCAGAGACCCCCGAAGGAUUCACAGCCAAGUCCAGGAGCUUUGCCGGCAGUGGCUGAAGCCGGAGAGACACAGCAAGGAGCAGAUCCUGGAGCUGCUGAUCCUGGAGCAGUUCCUGGCCAGCCUGCCAGUGGACCUCCAGGGCUGGAUCCGAGCAGGAGGGCCGGACACCUGCUCCCAGGCUGUGGCCCUGGCCGAGGACUUCCUCAUGAGCCAGAAAGAGGCAGUGACAGCUACCUUGCAGGGGCCGCUGAAGGAGGAGUUUGAAGAACCGUCAGAUCCUGUGAAGGGACAGAUCUACAAAGAACCCGAGCAAAAGGGUGAUCCUACAUUGGUGUUUGAAGAGACGGAUGUCCGUGGAAGUCGCCUGUGUUUGCAGAUCGUCAGCCGGAGUUUGCCCCAGCCAGCCCAACAGACCACAGUCUGGCAAGUCCUGCAGGAGGACGGGGGGAACGUAGAGCCUUUAGCGCAGCCGGAGCUGUUCCGGCAGUGCGAGGUCUCUUUAAAUCAGAGCGCCCGCGCCGCCGCCAGGACAAGCUGGCGCCUUCUGCCGCCUGCUGCUCGCUCUGCCCUGACGGAGUCUGGCUGA